ACAAAAGGAGCAUGCAAAUCACAGUCUUCAGCAACUGACAGAGGAUGAUGCUUUUCUACAGUGCUUUAAAAAUUUGAUCUUGUGAGUUUGGCAGCUUGUCCUGUAUGCACUCUACAAUGGAGGUGUCUGAGGAGGACGAGGAUGGUGUUUUUGCCGCUAAAUCAGCAGGACUGGACCAAAACGACAGCGAGAUGACGGCUAAUAACCAUGUGACAGAGAGGUCAGACUCACCUGUACCCAGUGUUGUUUCCAUGAGGAGUGACUGGUCUAAAAGUCAGCUGAUUGAAUUCAAGGAUGGACACCAGUCUGAUCAACAAAUCCAAAAGAAGGACAGGUCAGACUCAGCUCUAACCAGUCUGUUUUCCAUGAAGAGUGACUCGUCUAAAAGUCAGCCGAUUGAAUUCAAGGAUGGACUCCAGUCGGAUCAACAAAUACAAGUGAUCCCGAAAAGCCCAGAUCCUCCUGCACCCAACUGUGUGUCUAUGAAAAGUGACUGUUGUAGCGUUAAGCCAACUGAAUUUAAAGCUGGACAACAACGUUUUGAAGAAAGUCACAUGACCUCCUACACUGAUCAGGAGAGUCUGGAGUUUGUCAGCGAUCAUCAAACACACCUGGACUCUGUCUUCAUGAUGCUUCAGGAGGACAUUUUUACUUUUGUGAAGAAAGAGCUAAAGACGUUCAAGAAAUUCCUGAGCCAACAAAGUCCAGAAGGCUCAGAAAGCCUGAGAGAAGAUGAUGAAUUAUUGGCUGAUAAAGAAGAAGAAAUAAGUGACAGUGACAGAGAAACAUUUCUGAGCCUCACACUGAACUUCCUGAGAAGAAAGAAGCACGAUCAGCUGGCUGAUUCUCUGCAGCGCAAAACCUCUGCUGCCAUUUGUCAAUGUAAAUUAAAGUCUAACCUGAGAAGGAAGUUUCAGUUUGUGUCUGAGGGAACCGGCCAUGAAGGGAAGCCCACACUUCUGAAUCAGGUCUAUACGGAGCUCCACAUCACAGAGGGUGAGAGGACAGACAGAGAUCAACAUGAGGUCCUACAGAUAGAAGCCACCUCAACAGAAGCAGCAAGAACCAACAACAUCAUCAGAAGUGAGAACAUUUUUAAACCUUUACCUGGAAGAGAUGAAGCAGUCAGAACAGUGGUGACAAAGGGAGUGGCUGGCAUUGGGAAAACAGUCUUAACACAGAAGUACACUUUGGACUGGGCUGAAAACAAAGCCAACCACAAUAAACACUUUAUCUUCCCACUCACUUUCCGAGAGCUCAAUUUGCUAAACUCAAAACAAUACAGCUUGGUGGAGCUUCUCCAUUAUAUCUUUACUGACACCAAAGAAGCAGGAAUCUGCAGCUUUGAAGAGUUUCAGGUUGUGUUCAUCUUGGAUGGUCUGGAUGAGUGUCGACUUCCUCUGGACUUCCACAGCAACAAGAUCCUGACUGAUGUUACAGAGUCCACCUCACUGGAUGUGCUGCUGACAAACCUCAUCAGGGGGAACCUGCUUCCCUCCGCUCACCUCUGGAUAACAACACGGCCUGCAGCAGCCAAUCAGAUCCCUCCUCAGUAUGUUGACAUGGUAACAGAAGUCAGGGGCUUCCCAGACUCACAGAAGGAGGAGUACUUCAGGAGGAGAUUCAGAGACGAAGAGGAGGAGAAUAGAAUCAUCUCCCACAUUGGGACAUCACGAAGCCUCCACAUCAUGUGCCACAUCCCAGUCUUCUGCUGGAUCACCUCUACAGUUCUGGACCAUGUGCUGAAGACCAAAGAGAAGGCAGCGCUUCCCAAAACCCUGACUGAGAUGUACAUCCACUUCUUACUGGUUCAGACCAAACAGGAUAAUGUAAAGUAUCUGGGAAAACCUGAGACAGUGUGGAACAAAGAGGCCAAGGAGAUGUUUCUGGCUUUGGGAAAACUGGCUUUUGAGCAGCUGCAGAAAAGAAACUUCAUAUUUUAUGAAGCAGAACUGAAAGAUUAUGGCAUUGACAUCAAAACUGCGUCAGUCUACUCAGGACUGUUCACAGAGGUCUUCAGCACACAGCAUGGGUUGAACCAUGAGAGGGUGUUUUGCUUCAUCCAUCUGAGCGUUCAAGAGUUUCUGGCUGCGCUUUAUGUCCUUCGGACAUUUGUCAACACUGGUGUAAACCUACUGAGAAGAUGGCGAUUGUCAGUAAAAUAUGAAACUGCAUAUAAACACCUCUACCAGGACGCAGUGGACAAGGCUUUACAGAGUCCAAAUGGACACUUAGACUUGUUUGUCCGCUUCCUCCUGGGUCUUUCACUGGACGCUAAUCAGACUCUCCUACAAGGCCUGCUGAAAAAGACAGAAAGUAAACCAAAGGUCAGAAAAAAGCUAGUGCAGUACAUCAAGAAGAAGAUCAAGGACAGUCCCUCUCCAGAGAGGAGCAUUAAUUUGUUUCACUGUCUGAAUGAACUCAAUGACAAUUCUUUAGUGGAGGAGAUCCAACAGCACCUGAGAUCAGGAAGUUUCUCUAAAAGCAAACUCACUUCUUCUCAGUGGUCGGCGCUCAUCUUCAUCUUACUGUCAUCACAAAAAGAUCUAGACAUGUUUGACCUGAAGAAAUUCUCUGCUUCAGAUGAAGGUCUUCUACAGCUGCUGCCAGUGGUCAAAGCAUCCCAAAAGUCUCUAUUGAGUAGCUGUAACCUUUCAUGGAGAAGCUGUUUUGUUGUGGCCACAAUUUUAAGCUCUGUGGAUUCUAACCUGAGAGAGCUGGACCUGAGCAACAAUGACCUGCGUGAUGAAGGUGUAAACCUGCUCUCAGCUGGACUCAAGAGUCCACAGUGUAGACUGGAGAUUCUUAGGUUGUCAGGCUGUCUGAUCACAGAGAGCAGCUGUCAUACCCUAGCUUCAGCCCUGAACUCCAACCCCUCCCAUCUGAGAGAGCUGGAUCUGAGCUUCAAUCAUCCAGGAGACUCAGGAGUUGAGCUACUGUCUGCUUUACAGCAGGACCCAAAGUGCAAACUGGAAACUCUCAAGACUGAUCAUUGUGGAAAGUGCAGAAUGAACCCAUCACCCCUCAGGUUUUUCUGUGAACUUACACUGGACCCAAACACAGCAGAAAGAAACCUUGACCUGACCUCAGACAACAAAGCAGUGGUGUUGGUGAAAGAGAAGCAGCCAUAUCCUGAUCAUACAGAGAGAUUUGAUGGCUGGAAACAGCUGCUGAGCAGUGAUGGUCUGACUGGACGCUGUUACUGGGAGGUAAAGUGGAAAGGAAGGGUUAGAAUAGGAGUGACGUACAGAGGAAUCAGGAGGAAAGGAGACACUGAUGACUGCUGUAUUGGAUGGAAUGAUCAGUCCUGGAGUCUUUUCUGCUCAGCUCAGGGUUUCACAGCCUGGCACAAUAACACACCAACAGACAUAGAAACACCCACUGACUCUAACAGAGUAGCAGUGUAUCUGGACUGGGCUGCUGGCACUGUGUCCUUUUACUGUCUUCCUUCCAUAGUGUCCUCAAUAAAACAGACACACCUCCACACCUUCCACACCACAUUCACGGAGCCACUCUAUGCAGCGUUUGGGUUUGGACGUGAACGUGAGUUUGAGCCUGAUUUUACAUCCUCCUGGAUUAUUCUGGCUAAUAUCAUAGAAUGAAUAUUUCCAUAGAGGAUCCCAAACUGUGUGACACAGUACUCUGGCAGAGAGGUUGAGGGUCCUUCAAGAUUCAUUGACAUUUUUUCUGCUGUAUCUUUUUUUAUUUUGCCAUGUAAAAAGCUCAAAUCAAUGUAUUUAACAGAACAGUAAUUGUAAUAUUUUUAUAAGCACAAGUAUGAGUUGAUUGUACAGCUCUGAUAUAUCAGUUCCCAACUGUUACCUGCGUGUUUUUUUAUUUGUAAAGGAAGACACCUGAAACACUUUAAUUAAAAAAUUAAGACAUUUAAUAUUUUAAAGAAUCAGAGGAUAGACGUACACGUGGGGCUCUCAGUUCAGGGAGAGAACAGAGUGAAGUUCCUCACUAACAUUUUUAUACUGACAUGAUCUACAACAAACAGAUACUGUGAGCUGCAGUCUAGCCUUCAUCCUUGGUUUGUCAUGUCUGUUGCUAAAAGCCCUCUGAUGUUUACCUAAUCAUUACCAGGCAGUUUUAUCCAGCUUAAUAACAGAACGUGGUGACAUUUAAUUGUACAUACUGCGUCUGAACCUUCAAGGAUAAGAUAAACUGAGACUGGGAAGUUAGUCUGGCACUUUCUAUCUGUCUAAUGUAUUUACUUAAUUGUCUAUUGCUUCAGCCACUGUUUAUUAAUGAAUUUCCUGGAGUUUACUUUUAGACAUUUGUCAUUUUAUUCAUUGGGUAAAAAAUAAACCCCAACAUCUCCUUCCUUUGACACCUUAACCAAAAGGUGUCACAACACAGACUGAGACCAGCAGACUUGAGAUCUACUUAAAUCUGAACUGGAAUCUGUAAAGUCUACAAAGCAUCUGGACUUAAGGGUGUGCAAAAGUGUCUGUUCCACACAGAAAUAUGACAUCUUCACUACAGAUGAAAAGUAAUGCAACAGAAGAAGUACUUUUUAAUGCAGUAUAAAACAUGCUGGCUCCAUGGCUGUAAAUACAGUUCUCCAUAUCGGGAACAUGAAGUCUUUUAUAUUAUAAAAGAAGAAGACUGAAUAAAUUAUUUCACAGCAAUUUACAGUCUUGCCCCCAAACUGCAUGUUUGAAACCUUUUUGUUCUGAUUAAAUGUAUGCCAACUUCACUGAAUAUGUGGUUGUUAAUAUAACAUUAAUAAUAAAGAUUUUCAUUUUUGUGUGUUGUGUGUGAGAUGCCAUUUUUAAGGCUAUGGAUGAGUGUUGAAUUUUCAAAUAAAAAAAUA